GAGGAGGCGCAGCGGCGGCUCCUCUGGGUGGGGAGAGGCUGCUGGAACCUCCGAUCAUGAGCUCGGCGGAGGGCAGGAUGGCAGAGUAAGGAGUCGGGGGGAAUCUGGAGGAGAAGCUGCAGGAGAAGCUGCAGGAGAAGCUGCAGGAGAAGCUGCAGGAGACCCUGGAGGAAAAACCCGGCGCGGAGAUGCGGGAUGUGAGCGAAGACGCGCUGCUGGAUUACUUCUACUCGGCCGGAGGGAAUUCCGGGAGAGUCCGAAACGCAGAUAUACUGAAGACAUUUAAGCCCUUUAUUGGCCACAGUGACUUGCAGUUGCGUGCUAAAUACAGAGAGGAAUUCAAGAGCAUCAUCGACAGAAUCGCUGUGGUGAAGUCAGAGAAUGGCGAGAAGUAUCUCAUCCUAAAGAAGAAGUACAGGCACUUGCUGCAAGAGCGAGACAGCAGGCGCCUGGAUGCAGAUGAAGAUGCACGGCACCGCCUGAGCCCGGCCAGAGCCACGGCCACUGCGGAGUGGGAGGCGGGAGAGGCCCUGGCGUCAUCGGCCCAGCACAAGCAGCUGCAGGACGAGCUGAUGCUGUGUGGGGAGCCCUAUGCAGAGGAACGGCAGGCAGGAGCCGUCCACAAGCUGCACAUUCAAAGCUACGGUGACGAUGGAGACAGAGAUUCGGGAUCAAAGUCGGAGUCGGAGCAUGACGAGGAGUCUACGGCCAGUAUGGGCUCCACUGCUGUUGCUCUGGAUCCUAUAGAGAAGGAGUGGAUCUACUCUGCUGCCAGUGCACGAGUCCCCGACCUCUCCCAGCUGCUCCGACAGGACCCCUCGCUGGCCAAUAAGAAGGAAUUUAUUACAUUUUCAGCGCUGCACUGGGCCGCCAAACACGGCAACCGGGACAUGGCCACUCUGGUGGCCGAGGCCGGCGCCGACGUCAACUCCAAAUCCGUGAGUGGAUACACGCCUCUGCACAUCGCAGCGUUACACGGUCAUCAACAUAUUCUUGAUCUGCUCAUAGGGACCUACGGGGCAAAAGAGAACCUGCGGGACUACAGUGGUCAUCUUGCCUGCCAUUAUCUGAACCUCAAGGAUCCAGAAGGUCAAGGAGAAGACUGCGAGCUGCAAUUUCAAGUGACUCAGGUGAGAGAGCGGAACAGGAACAGGAAGCUGGUGUCGUUGUUCCACUCCAAGAAGAAGUGGGGAUCGGCGGAGGAGCUGGCUCCCAUAGAGGAGGAGAGGACGGCGUCCCACCAGACCAUGCUUCCUGCUUCCAGACCCCGGAAGUUCUCUCGCUGAGGGAAAACAAACUCACACGCACACAGCAUGUCUUAAAGCUCAUGCAUAUCUACACACAGGUCUUUACCAAGCUCUUUUUUGUAUUUUUUUAUGAGCACAGACAUGUUGCUGGUCAGAUCCAAGCUUGUAGACAUCUAAACUCUUAAAACAUUUCAUGAGAAGCGCUGUAGCACCCUAUUAUGUAAUAAUUUACUGAAAAUGUAAUAACGCCUGAAAACGUCAUAAAAUUUGCACUUAACUCAAUCGAAAAUGUAAUAAAACCCAAUAAUGUAAUAACUUCACCAAUAAUGUAAUAAUAUAU